CUCCGCCUCCGGUCUCGGAUCAUCUCGCAUUCCUUCUUCGCGGCCCCUCAUGCCGUAGAUUGAUAGAGAGAAGGAAGCAGAAACACAGACAGGGCAGACGAAGAAGCAGAAGAAAGAAGAAGGGGCGCAGCGAAGCGACCAUGGCAGUAUCCACGACGCGCCAGCGCGAGACAGAGUCCGAGCAAAGCGCGCACCCUCCACCGCCCAGCAGAGCCCGGAGCAUGCAGACGCACCACAGACAGCGUCUCGAUGAAUGAAAGCAGCCGUGUUACCUGGGCCGCGGACACAAUGAGGGUCAUCUUUACCCAAAACGCCGGUUUCGUCGCAGCUUUUUCGCCUUUCUUCUAAUAUUGGCAACGUUUAGGACGACAGAUGACGUGAACAACGUAGAACUGACCGCAGUUAGAUCGUGCCAAUUUAUUUAUGUUUUUUUUUCUUCUUAAAUAGAUGAGGGGAGAAAAAAAAGCAGCAUGCAAAAAUAAUACAGCCAGUAUUUUAAAAACGAAAGCGUAAUCAGAUUGCGAAAUCUGAAAACAGAAUAGUCAAUGUUUUAUUAGCGACAUUAUUGGCAUUUUAAUAUAAUUUGUAUGCAUAAUUAUUAUAGAUCAGUGAGAUAUUUUAGUAAUCGAUCAUCAUAGCGCGAUUAGAGCAUAAAUAGGUUAAAUGUUUGUUCACUUUGAUCAAAGCCAAAUGAUCAAACAAGACAAUCAGUAAAUGAAUUAUAUAUGUGAUAACAUCACUUUCUUUAUUAUUUGUAAUUUAUUUAUUUAUUAUUACUAUUAUUAGGUCUAUAAGUAUUAUCUUAUCAAUAGUUUUAGUUGGUAGUUUAGAAAUAUUUAGAUUGUUUAAGACACCUCUCCAGAGAAAUGGAGACCGCUUAUUUAUCCGCAAACCGAGAGGGCCCCCAGGGGCCCCAGAGAGGUCAAAGCUUAGCGGGUGUCCCCUCUCCUCCGGGCUCACCUGUCGGCGGAUCACCGGAGGAGACCCUCUCUCCGGGUGAUGGACGGCGGAGCUCGGGCGUGAAGAAGCACCACCACAAACACAACCUCAAACACCGCUAUGAGCUCCUGGAGACGCUGGGAAGAGGCACCUACGGCAAAGUCAAGAAGGCUAUUGAGCGGCAGACCGGCAGAGAGGUAGCAAUCAAAUCGAUCCGGAAGGAGAAGAUAAAGGAUGAGCAGGACAUGGUGCACAUCCGCAGAGAGAUUGAAAUCAUGUCAUCCCUCCGCCACCCACACAUCAUCUCUAUAUAUGAAGUGUUUGAGAACAAGGACAAGAUUGUGAUUGUGAUGGAGUAUGCAAGUAAAGGGGAGCUGUAUGACUACAUCAGCGAGCGUCGGCGCCUGAGUGAGCGGGAGACACGACACUUCUUCAGACAAAUCGUCUCUGCUGUGCAUCACUGCCAUAAGAAUGGAGUGGUGCACAGAGAUCUGAAACUGGAAAAUGUGCUACUGGAUGAAAACUGUAAUAUUAAGAUUGCUGAUUUUGGGUUAUCCAACCUCUACCAUAAGGACAAGCUGCUGCAAACUUUCUGUGGAAGCCCCCUUUAUGCUUCACCGGAGAUUGUGAAUGGAAGACCGUACCGUGGCCCGGAGGUGGACAGCUGGGCUCUUGGAGUGCUGCUUUAUACCCUGGUCUAUGGAACCAUGCCUUUUGAUGGGGGAGACCACAAGAAGCUCAUUCGCCAGAUUAGCAAUGGUGAAUACAAAGAGCCCACUCAGUCUUCAGAUGCCCGUGGACUGAUCCGCUGGAUGUUGAUGGUAAACCCUGAGCGGCGAGCAACAGUAGAGGACAUAGCCAAUCACUGGUGGGUAAACUGGGGCUGGAAGAACAGCGUCUGCGACUGCGAAGCCCAGCGGGCCCGUUUUAUCGAUUGGCAGAUUCGCACCGAGCCACGUAAUAAUGGGGCCAAGGCUGCAGCCGUGCCCCAGAUCCUGCGGCAGAGGCCUAAAAAAUCGAAGAAGGAAAAUGUUGAGGCUGGUCAAUCCCAAGAGGCAGCAGAAGACAAGCCAGGUUUGAAGAGACCCAAGGGCAUUUUGAAGACCAGAGUCACUGAGAAGCAAAGGUCCACCAGUAAAGAGGAAGUGGAUCUGAGUCAAGCAGCGCUGCCUCAAGCUGAAGGUGGAGAGGAGGCUUUAAGCCCUGACAGAGAGGAAGAGGAGCCAGUGUUAGGAGGUGGCUCACCAGCUAAGAUGAUACCGUCUCUACCAAAGAAAGGCAUAUUGAAAAACAACCAACAGCGGGAAUCAGGGUACUAUUCCUCCCCAGAGCGCAGUGAAUCCUCUGAGAUUUUAGGAGGAGCAAGCAUGUCAUUGUUAGCCACCCCUCCUCCUAAGCGGGUGAUGGGAAGAAAGGGCAUUCUGAAGCGAAACGGCAAGUACUCUACCUACAGUGGGCCACCCUCAGCAGCAGCAGUGGCAGGGGUACUGGGCGAGCCUCCUUCUACAACCGACUCCGGUCUGUCCCGCAGUCAGAGUCGGCCCUCCAGCAUCGUGGGGGAGGACAGCUCCAUCCUAUCGCUUUCACCGAGUUCCCUUAGCGGAGCAGAGUGGCAUCCCUCCAGCCCACAUCACCGCUCAAACAUCAGGGCUUGCGUCUCGGCUGAAAACCUGCUGCAACUAGCCAACUUCAAAGGUCUGCAGACUGCACCACCCAUCCAGGGGCCCAAAUUCAGCCGUGGUUCAAAAAUGAAAGGCUCCCCAGGGGACAAUGGCAGCUUCUCCCUGCUGGGGGAUUUGGAAGACAUGACUCAGGUGUACCAACAAGCCCUGGACAUCAGCAGCAAUCUUACCUAACAAGCUGGUGGCAGAGGGAGAGGAAGCAGAGGGAUUUGAUUGUGACUCUGUGUGUGCAAUGAAGUGUUUGUGCAGCAUUAACGACCAGUGUGUUACUGGGAUACACCUUUGGGAAGCCGUGACAAAAGUUUGGUUGCAAAAGAUAUGCUUGCGCUUACACAACUGCACACACAGAUGCACAUGUUUAUGUGUAAUUCUCUGUUCAGUGGAAAUUCAAGUUUUAGGCUUUGUGAACAGGAGAGAGACUCUGAGCUGGCACAGGAGAGAGAAAAUGCCACCCAGUAUGCUGUCCUGGCCCGCUGUAGACUCUGCUGUGUUCAAGAUGUUUACAUAUUUAGCAAGAAGGCAAGUCAGAAUCACAAACGCUGCAACCAGAAACUGGUUGGCUCUCCUUUUUGUACACCACCAAUGUCUGAGUUUACAAAAGCACCUUAAAACUCACACAGAGCACAUGCUUUUGUGAUCUUUACUUCCUUUAAAAAGAAGAAACAAACCAGGGUCUUGUUCUGAAUUUAAAAAGAAAUAUCAAUGUUUAUUUAUUAUUAAUGUUUUUAAGCUUUAGUUGUAGGUGCCAAACUGGUGGGUGGCUGGUUGAUACUGGAAUCUUCACGUCUCCAACUCUUUGGGUGAAACUGACAUAUAUAAUUAUGUUACUCAGUGAUAAACAUAUUAUUACUCAACACAUAAAACCAUGCUUGUGUCUGUAAUACACAGGCAAAUAUACUUUCUUAAAAGUGUAUGUCCUAUAUGCGUAUGGUAUGAAGAAUAUGUAGGAAGUGCCUUUUUUGAUUCAUAAUAAAAAUUAUGUAUGUUGUUUCCUUAAAAGAGAAGGAAAAGCCAGCCCACCCUGAGACCAGUUUUAUUUUUUUAAUGUUUGUGAAUGUGGAGAAACCCAGGGCCUUCAGAGCAUACCUGACUUACUUUCCUUGUACUAGGGUUUAAAGGUUGACCUUUGGUAGGUGAAAUCAAACUGUCUGGUUUUCUCCUUUUCUUUUCAUCCACAUGGAUCGGAGCUGAGCUUGCUUUUUUCAAUGUUUAAGUUCACUGUUUGUUUUAUGCAGCAGUGUAGGUUCUGCUGAACAUUUUUUUUACUGGAAUCACAAGGAAUCGCUCAUCAAGUGGGACAAUUCUGUGUAUUGUGGUGUCAAAGGUGAUAUGGAU